AUGUCGAGUGUACUUGUAACUGAGGAGUAUCUUUCAAGAUUGCCUGAAGAGGGCGCGGAAAUAAUAGUAAUAACUCCUCUUCCGCCCGUGCCUGUGGUGAGCAUGCCACCCCCACCACCCCCACCGCCGCCUCCAGUUCCUGUGCCUAUACCUGGACCUCCCCCGCCAGCAGUCCCGACUGUAACUCAAGGCAAUUUACUCACGGACAUAGGCAGAGUGGAAGAAAUCAAUGCGUACCUCAAAGCGGUAGAAAGUCUUGGUGUGUCUCCACCUCCCGGUUUCCUGAUGCCUACUCCAGCCGGGCCGCCGCCGCCGCCUCCUAUAGAGGCAGUACUGCCUGUGCUCAAUACCAAUAGCAUAGAGGUUGAGGUGGAUAAGGCCCCACCUCCUCCGCUUGUUGAGAAGACGAGUCCUCUAGUGAAAGGAUCACGACUUGCGCUCUAUUUCGGGAAUAUAUUUUUACAAGUGAUGUCGGAAGUCAUAUCGAGCGCGAGAUCAGCUCUUAGUCAAUAUUCUCCGCCGGCACCUAUUUAA